AUGGGUCGAAAAGUCGAAAAAGAAGAAGACAAUUGGUACGGCGUGAUCGACCCAAAGAGGCGAAAACAAAUCCAGGACCGACUCGCUCAAAGAGCUAGACGAAGACGGCUCGCCGAACAAGCAGCGCAGAAAAAUGACCCGGAAACUACAGAUGAGAUCUCAUCGGUUACAGUUUCGAGAAAGAAAGAUGUGAAGAAACGAACGCGCCCAGAAAAAGACUCCAAUACCAAAAAUACCACGUCGAGUAAACCACAACUCACAUCCCUAACCACAACCAAAGCCACCCCCCUCCCCCGCGACGACAUCCACCUCCACCCUCCCACCCUAACAAUCUACUCCGCCUUAUUCCACAACGGCUCCUACCUCAACCUGACCUGCUCCACCUCCUACGCCCUCUCCCCCACCCCUCCCUCAUUCCCGCACACGCCCCCUUCCCUCCGCCCAACCUCCACGCAACUCUCCACCGCACACUACCGGUGGAUCGACCGGUUCCCGAUCCCGAAGCUGCGAGACCGGAUGAUUACGUGGGCGGCGGUGUUUAACGCGGAGGAGUUUCUGGCGGAUCUGUUUGAUGGGGUUGGGGGCGGGAGUUUGGUGAUCCGGGAAAGGGGGGAGGAGCUUUGUGGAGGGGGAUUGGGGGGUUAG